AUGACGGUAUUGAAUGUUGGAAUUGUCGGUACAGGUAUUUUCGCAAGAGCAAGACACUUGCCUUCGUACCAAGAGUUGCCUAAUGAUUUCAAGGUAGUUGCUGCGUUCAACAGGACAAAGAGCAAGGCAUUGGACUUUGCAAAGGUUGCAGGCAUUCCAGAAGACAAGGUUUUCGAUAACUUGGAUGACUUGCUGAAGGAUAAGGACGUUUCGUUCAUCGAUGCGUUGGUCCCAGUGCAGUUCAACGUUGCUACCGCGGAGAAAGCCAUUGCAGCGGGCAAACCUAUCCUGAUUGAGAAACCAAUUGCCGCAAAUAUGAAGCAAGCCAGAGAACUUGUUAAGCUUGCGGAUUCUACACCUUUGCCAAUUGGAAUUGCUGAAAAUUGGUUACAUUUGACGUGUAUCGAUGUCGUUAAGCCACAUUUGAAACGUAUUGGCCCUAUUGUGAGUUUCACACAUAAUGCUACCGGUCCGUUUGUGACGGAAAGCAAGUAUUUAGCCACUACGUGGAGACAACAUCCUGAGCACAUUGGUGGAUUCCUUUCUGAUGGUGGUGUUCAUCAGUUAGCGUUGGUGACUCAUCUUGUCGGUAAUUUUGGCAGCGUCUCUGCUCUAACGAGGCAAUUGCGCCCUGAGUCGGGCACUGACGACAUUGUCUUUUCUACUGUUCAAAUCAAAGAUAGUGACGUUAUAGGAACCUUCACCUAUGGUUCCGCUUAUGGUGCCACUGAUAAAUCAGUUUUCUUGAAAAUCUAUGGGAAAAAUGGGUCAGUUGUCAUCGAUUUGUCAGAUAAGAGGAACUCGGUCGUUAAAGUUCAAGUCGGUGACUCUGCUGAAACAGCUGGUAAAGAAGAAGUCUAUCCAGUCCCAACAGACGAAUCAUUUGGUGUCGAUUCAGAAUUCCUGAAUUUUCAUGAAGCUGUUGUUAAGAAAGAUAAAAAUUUAUACCUCGGUAACACCAGAGCAGCUUUCCACCAUUUGGCAUGUGUUGCAGCUUUCUUGGAAUCCGCUUCCAAGCAUGGUGCUAACGUUGAAGUUGAGACGAUUUGA